CGUGUAGCACCAAUGCCGUACAUCCUCCAAACUUACUGUCAUCCAUUACACGCUGACAGUUGGAUACCCCGGCGGAACAAUUCUUCCAGUCUUCGAUACCAUCUACGAUUCGAAACAUAUCGAUUCCAUCCUCAAGGUGCAGGACACAUGGCUGAGGGCCUAUAAAAGGGCCUCGGGGGAACCUGGCGUCGUUCCCGUUACCUCGAGACACAAAUGUGACCUCACCCAUGCAGGACGCUCUCUCUGACGGAACGCCCAUGGCUACCUUCAGCGGCCAGGUUGUCACCUCUGCCAUUGGAAGCGACGCGUUCUAGGAAGCUGACACCCUGGGGAUAUCUCGAGGCAGUACCAAGUGAAAUGUGUUGGUGCGGAAUACAGCCGAAUCUCCCCCAAGGAUUAACAAAGCGUUCGAGAUCGCCACAGGUGGGACACCAGCUCCGGUGCUGGUGGAUCUUCUCAAGGACGUCACUGCUGGUUUGUUAAGGCGGCCUAAUGCUGCCUCAGGUGUCUUGUGGAGAUGUGAUUCCACAACAAACCCUCCUUUGUCGAUCCGUUUCCCCAUAUCAUAAUGAACGACCCCGUCUAGUAGCCGUUACCCUAGGCCAUUGGCUAAUAGAGAUCUCAGAUCGAGCAAGGUCCUACCAUGGUUGCCCUGGGGGUUCCUAGCAACGACAUCUCCGAGCCGUAUGUCACACCAUAUACCGCGCUCAGCCAUUGCUGGGAUACGCCUGCAGAGAUGACAAUGAUUACGAACAAGGCUAUCCAUAACCGCAUCCAAGGUAUUCCAAUACAAAGCUACUAUAUUCUAUUCACUCUCUAUAAUGCGUAUCCUGUGGCAUUUUUCCCUCCAACCCUAAAAUUCAGUUUGCCAGAGAACUUUCAACAUGCCAUCGCUCUUAACAAACGGUUAGGAAUUCACUUUCCGUGUAUUGACUCGCUAUGUAUCAUCCAGAACUCUAAGGAAGACCAGGAAACAGAGGGAGUACAGAUGAACAAAAUAUACAACGCGUAUUUGGUUCUUGCGGCUACUUCAGCUAUAAAGACCACUGAUAGUUUUCUUCAGUACCAGCUGGCAGAUAAAGCGAACCCCGAUACCUAUUGUGUCCCACGAGGCACGAGGUCCAUAGCAGACACCAAAAUCAUUCCUCAAGCAACAGAUAAACAUAGCGCGUAAGGGGAGCAAGAAGUGGACUUGCCAAUAUAGAGUCGGAGAGGAUGGACAAUGCAAUAGCGAUAUCUCGCUCGGCAAGUGCUACAUUUUUCAACGAGCCUUCGAUUUCUCGCCCCGUUCCAGGAGUUGCAUCCCGG